AUGCCAGGACCCGCCCAAUUCCAGAACUACCCUGAUCGCCACGACAGCGGAACCGCAGGCGCAGGAUGGAUUCGAGUAUACGAUGACGCCGGUGGAGUAAAGACUUGUGCUCUGAAUGUCAAAGUGAUGAAAUUCAAACAAGCGCGGGUAAACGGCGGGAGUAACUAUGACUCUCUUAAGGUAGCCAAAUGCCUCGUCAUCUAA